CUGGGUCCGACCUCAGUGGAGUUAAGAGUUGCAGUAAUUUUUCUCCAUCCGGAUCCAAAAUUCCAAAACAAUAAUCGUGAAUCGUGUUUUGAAGUUCUACGCAGACGCGAAUACAAGUGAAACCGCAGUUGUAGUUAUCCAAUUAUCGCUGAAUCCCCCCCUACCCCCCAAAGCAUCCCCUGGGUUAGUCAUACCCUCUGAAUAAUCUGAAAAAUAGCCCCCAGUGAGUGAUGCAAGUCUCUCUGAAGUCGAGAAAAUUCCCAUCGCCUCGGUAUCUCGCAGAUUAGAAAGCAGUGCUCCACAUAUUUUCACAAUUCACCACGAGAAUUCAGCUCUCGGUGUUGGCCAGUGUCAUAAAAUAACUUCAGGUGUCACAAUAUCGUUGAGUGUAUUCUCAACGUGAUCAGGGGGCUUUCGUAUGCGAUCGCGAAUCUGGAAUUUUUUUGUUAAAAAAUUUCCAACUGAAAAAAUACCUGGACUCGGUGUGCUACGUGAAAUGAAUAGUGCUUUGCGAAGUCCAGACCACGAUGAGAUCCAUAUGACAACGCCUGAGCUGAUUUUCCAUCAUGGAUAUCGAGACGAAACUCACCACGUCUGGACGGAGGAUGGCUAUCGUCUCGAAAUUCAUCGAGUUCUUCCACCCAUCGUUGAAACAAAGUCGCAGGAACCGGAUAUUGAGACAGGAUCGGGUACUAUUUAUGAUACUGAAACGAAAUGUUCGAGACCAACGAUCGUUAUUCAUCAUGGACUCCUUUCUAGUUCUGCCGACUGGGUUUUACUCGGUCCAAAACGAGCACUAGCGUAUGUACUUUGUGACGAAGGAUAUGAUGUGUGGCUGGCUAAUGCUAGGGGAAACAGAUACUCACAAUGUCAUACCUUAUUCACCACUAAGGACAAAGAAUUCUGGGAUUUUAGUUGGCAUGAAAUUGGAGUGUAUGACCUACCAGCAAUGAUCGAUUACAUCCUGAAGAAGACUGGUAAUCCAAACAUGUCGUACAUUGGCUACAGCCAGGGCACAACAGCACUGUUCGUUAUGGCAAGUGAACGUCCUGAGUACAUUGGCAAAAUAAAAGGAAUGGUCUGCAUGGCACCAAUAGCAUUUCUCUCCAAUCAUCGUAGCCCACUUUUGAAAUGUGUUGUACCACUUCACAUGCUGAUGAAAUGGGCAUCUAUGUACUGCAAUAUCAAUGAGUGGUUUCCGAGGAAUAGACUGCAGGCAUUUGCACUGGCUACACUCAUGAGGAAUGCACCUGACAAAUUUGCGCAGACAUUUUGCUAUGGAUGGUUUCAUCUCGUUGCUGGAUUCGGGAGUGAUCAACUUGACAAAUCCAUGAUGCCUGUCGUGUUCGGACAUUUUCCUGCUGGAGCCUCGGCCAAGCAGAUUCUUCAUUAUUGCCAGACAAUAAGAUCAGGGUUAUUCAGAAAAUUCGACUAUGGAGAAAAGAUCAACACAAAAUUAUACGAGACUCCAGAGCCACCACUCUACGAUCUGAGCAAAGUGACAUUUCCCGUUAGCUUGUUCUACAGUGAUAAUGAUUUCCUGAAUCACUCAUCGGACGUCGAGAGUCUCGCCUCUGCCUUGCCAAACGUUGUUGGAAAAUAUAAGAUAAAUUACUCGAAAUUCAACCACAUUGACUAUCUCUGGGGUAGAGAUGCUAAGGAACUCGUCUACGACGACAUUGUCAGAGUGUUAAGACAAUUCUAGUCUCGUGUAUAUAUUUUUUAUUAUUUUUCUUCAUUACCUCUCUAUAUUUGAAGGGUAAGUGAGAUUUUUUACACAAUCGGUAUUUAUGAUUAAUAUUUCUCAGUAUGAGAAAUUCCGUAAGUGUCUAUGACUCAAGCAUUUUCUUUUCGUAUUUUUCGUAAAAAAAAUUGUAGUGAGAGUACCAAUUACGAGGUGUAGAUGAAUACUCUGUAUUUAUUGGAGAUGAUGAAUGAGAUAAUAAUGUUAAGUAUCUGUGAAAAAUUGAUGUAAAUUGAAUAUAAACGAAUUAAUCAAA